GAUGUCGGCGCCAUGUCGUUUGUUGUGGACUCGGUCAUCAUGUUCUCGUCGCAGGUCUUGUUUUUUGGAUUUGGAUGGCUUUUCUUUAUGCGCCAGUUAUUCAAAGAUUAUGAGGUCCGACAGUAUGUUGUCCAAAUGGUUUUCUCUGUGAUGUUUGCUUUCUCCUGUACUAUGUUUGAACUUAUUAUCUUUGAGAUUCUUGGUCUUUUAAACAGCAGUUCAAGAUAUUUUCAUUGGAAGUUAAAUCUAUAUGUCACCCUUGUGGCGCUUAUAUUUAUCGUUCCUUUCUACAUUGGCUAUUUUGUGGUCAGCAACAUUCGACUUUUGCAGAGAAAGAGAUUCCUGUUCGCAUGUGUUGUUUGGUUGGCUUUCAUGUACUUUUUCUGGAAACUUGGAGAUCCUUUUCCUAUCCUAAGCCCAAAACAUGGUAUUCUAUCAAUCGAACAAUUGAUCAGCAGAGUGGGGGUCAUUGGUGUUACGCUAAUGGCACUGUUGUCUGGCUUUGGUGCAGUAAAUUGUCCAUACACGUACAUGUCAUACUUUCUGAGAAAUGUGACCGAUAGUGAUAUUCUUGCACUGGAGAGACGAUUGCUGCAGACGAUGGACAUGAUUGUCAGCAAGAAGAAGAGAAUCGCUAUGACCAGGAGAAUGAUGCAUCAACGUGGAGAGGUGAUGAAUAAUCCUGCAGGAUUUUGGGGAAUGAUUAAAAGUGUGACAUCAUCAUCUUCGAACAGUGAAAAUCUCUCACUUAUUCAGCAAGAAGUAGAUGCACUGGAAGAACUGAGCCGACAGUUGUUUCUUGAAACAGUUGAUCUUCAUGCCACUAAGGAAAGAAUUGAAUACUCAAAAACAUUUCAAGGAAAAUAUUUCAAUUUCUUGGGUUACUUUUUCUCAAUAUACUGUGUCUGGAAAAUCUUCAUGGCUACUAUAAAUAUUGUCUUCGAUCGAGUUGGUAAAACAGACCCGGUCACUCGUGGUAUAGAGAUCACAGUGAACUAUUUAGGCAUCCAGUUUGAUGUGAAGUUUUGGUCUCAGCAUAUCUCCUUUAUACUUGUGGGAAUUAUUAUCGUCACCUCUAUAAGGGGCUUAUUGAUAACACUCACCAAGUUUUUUUACGCAAUCUCCAGCAAUAAAUCAUCUAAUGUUAUAGUACUCGUCCUCGCACAGAUUAUGGGGAUGUAUUUUGUGUCAUCGGUGUUGCUGAUGAGAAUGAGCAUGCCCCUGGAAUAUCGCACCAUUGUAACUGAGGUCCUAGGGGAGCUGCAAUUUAAUUUCUACCAUCGCUGGUUUGAUGUCAUCUUCCUGGUCAGUGCACUGUCUAGUAUCGUCUUCCUGUACUUGGCACACAAACAAGCCCCAGAAAAACACAUGAGCUUUUAGUCAAGCCACUGCCAAUCUGAGCACUCACCUUCUGUGUUCACAUUGUCUUUAUAAACCACUGGACCAUAACACCAUCCACAACUUGGACAUUGAAAAGUCUUGAGGAGGGAAAACCUACAGAGAAGCUCACAUGCAGAUGUAUAAAGCCUGGCUGGUUGCUGGUUUGAUGGAAAGAAUAUGAAAAAUUUAACUUACAGAAAGCUUCAUUUGGAUAAAUAUCAAAAACAAAAUAAUUAGUAAAGUUUGCAGUUAAUUUUGAACUGAAGGAAUGUAAAUCAGUUCUUGAAGGUUUCCAGUUGAUUUUAGAACAAUUUUUCAAAGACUGUAAAUAAGAACUUUGAAGGCAUAAAAUUUUCUUGCUUUGUAAAGAGCAAAUGCUAAUGGAAUAACACCUUACUGCCCCAGUAAGCAAGGCUGCAAUGUAAGAAUGUCCAUUUGCAAAAGAUGACCCUUAUUUCCCAUUAGCUGAUAACCUCAAAGCCUUAGGAAAUUGUAUGGAAGUUUAGGUGAUUUCUACUUUUUAAAAAUUCAGAAAGAUUUUUUUCCUGGGUGUUAAAAAAAAGAAUUUUAAUGAGACGACCCCUGAUCUUGCAAUGUUACAUAGUGGUUAGAAUGGUGGUCUGAGCAACAUUUGUCACUUCUGUAAGUAGCCUGUCAGGCAUCUGAUACAUAGUGUAUUUCAUCCAGGAUACGCCUCACAUUCUUGCAGUGAAUGAAGUCCUUUGUAAUUUAUGACAUUCAGAUGGUUUUCACAGAAACAUUAUAAGCACCGAUAUUGUAUGUCACCUGAAUCUACCUCAUGCAUGUCUGAAUUCUUUGCAAGAUCGAAAAGCGUCUUUUUUUGCUGCCUGAUAUCCCCAAUUUCUUUAUUAUUCUGAUUUGAGUGUUCUUUUGUGAUGACACUUCUGUAUUUUCUUAACGAUCUUAAA